AUGCCGAACCCUGCACUACCCGCCCAGGAGACCCCGUCCUCCAAUCAGCACUUCGGUGAUCCAGACAGAGAUAGCGCAGAGUAUUCCUCUGCUGCCGACUCCGAUAAUGACCAUGUCGGAAAUGGAUCUGGCCCGAGAGCUCUGAAACGGAAACGUCCUCUAACUGUCUCAUGCGAGCUUUGCAAGCAGCGAAAGGUCAAAUGCGACCGAGUGCAGCCGAGCUGUGGGUGGUGUACCCGCAACGGCCAGCUAUGCGAAUAUAGAGAACGAAAAAAGCCUGGCCUGCGGGCUGGGUAUGGAAAAGAAUUGGAGCAACGACUCGAUCGGUUGGAAGAUAUCAUCCAAUCGCAAGCACGCCUCAUUGAGAUGCAUAUCCUGCAGAAUCAGAACGCAAUGGGUCAUGAGCUGCCUCAUGCAGGACCCCUUUCAUAUAGCUCUCCAUCGGAGCCAUCAGCAGCCCAUGGCCCCAGUCCGCGUACUGCUCACUACUUUAAUGACCCUGGAUCUGCAGUAACACUGCCUUCUCGACGUGCAGAUUUGUCUAUCACCAGUCCAUCUGAUUCAUCAGUAAGGAAUGCAGCACAGAGCCACAUGCAAAAUGGCAUGCAUGCGGCUCCAGUAGGCCCGUUGUUACAGGCUUCAAAUCCACAGCAGGAUUACACGGGGAAUGAAUCGUCCCUGAAGGUCCCGGUCAAUAUAUUCUCAAAUCAGGAACAGUCUUUCGCUGAUCCGGAUCUUGAUCUGCCACCUUACGACCUCUUGUACGCUUUGGUGGAUCUCUAUUUUGAGCAUAUCAAUUCCUGGUGUCCCAUACUCCACCGGCGGACGACGCUGGAUACCUUCUUUGGCCCAUCGCCACUGGACGAAGCAGACCGGAUGGUUCUUUAUGCCAUAGUGGCCACAACGCUGCGAUUUUCUUCUGAUACCAGGUUAAACGACCAGAACCGGAAACGCUAUCACGACUCAUCUAAACAAAAGGUUCUUCUAUAUGGCCUGGAAAAUUCAUCUGUCAAAGCCCUUCAAGCUCUUGUUAUUCUGGCCAUCGAUCUGGUUGGGUCUUCCAAUGGUCCUCCUGGCUGGAAGCUGCUUGCCUUGAUCACUCGAUCGGUGGUCCAGUUGGGACUGGCUGUGGAAUCAAAAUCUUCCCUUAUCAACCCCGUCUACCCCUCUAUCUAUACCCUCAGAGCCGUCACGUUGUCGGAGCCAGACUCAUGGAUUGAAGACGAAAGCAGACGUCGCUUGUUCUGGAUGGUUUACCUGCUGGACCGAUAUUCCACUUUAGCAACAGCAUUCAACUUUGCCCUUGACGACAGAGACAUUGACCGAAAGCUCCCUUGCAAAGAUGAUUACUUCAUGAAAAACCAGCCUGUCGAGACACGCUGGUUCCAUUAUAACAGUGACCGCGCAGAUUAUCUCAGUCAUGCAGAGAAUGUCGGUUGUUUCGGCCUUUAUAUGGAGAUCCUGGGGAUCCUCUCGCGAAUUCAUCUGUUCCUGAAACGUCCUGUAGAUAUCGGAGCUCUCUCCGAUGUCGAGGAAUGGCAGGCUACCUAUCGCAAGCUUGAUAGUGAGCUCACAUCGUGGGAGUUUAAUCUUCCAGCAGAGUAUGCAUACGAGAAUUCUUCUCGACUUUUCAGCGGACCGAAGAAUGGUCGCGCCCCACACAGUGACUGGGUGCAACUACAUGCCACCUAUCAAACAGCUGUGAUCCGUCUGCACUCAUCUGCAGCAUACCCAACAACCCGCUCUCCAAUCUUCACACCCUCCUACAGCGCCAGCCAGCGCUGUCUCCUAGCCGUCGAGAACAUCCUCUCAGUAACCCGCUUUGUCGUAGAGCACAACAUGCUAGACAAGAUGGGUCCACCGUUCGCCUUCACCCUCUGGGUCUCAGCCCGUCUACUCCUAGUUCACGGCUCCACAAUCGCCCACACAGUCAGCGCAGACAUCCUUUUCUUCGUCGACACCCUCUUUCAGCUAGGCAAAUACUGGAAAGUAGCAGAACGCUACAGCAGCAUCCUCCAACGCGUCCUGGACGAAUACAACGAGUAUCAACAAUCAAUCGCACUAGACGGCGAACGAUCAACACCAUCAACCGUCAAAAUCCUAGCUGACAUGCGUCGCUGUGCAUUCGAUCUGGAUUUCCUGAUUUCACGCCAACCACGUGAGUCGCCUGCUGAAAGUGGAAGCCAGCAUCGGUCCCAUCAACCGGUUAUGCAGCCGCGCAGUCUGGCGCCUAAUGAGCUCGAGUACCUCGAUGUCUUUGGCUUCUUUAAUGUCCCUCGUGUCCCUCCUGCUCGUGCGCCUGAAUCCGGGGCUGCGCCUUCUGCUUUGGAGAUAUCGGACCAUGUGUCGAAUCCUAUGUCUAUUCAUGGAUUGACGGAUGUUGGCUCUGCGCAGCCCACCGGUUCUGUUGUUGAUGGGCAUGCUAAUGCGAAUGAGUUCAACAUUACGAAUUAUCUUAUUCCGACGCCCGAAACGGAUUGGUUAUUCCGUCCAUCUUAA